UCCCAUUGAUUCCAUUUCAUUUCAUAUGAUUUUGUUGGUAAUGGAGAAACCAAACACUCCUUGUUCAUCACCUGCUGCUGCUGCUGCAUCAUCCCCAAAUCCCUUCACUUUCUUCCACCAUCAUUUUCUCCGUCUACACUCUCACAUCACCACGCGUCUCGAUGACACGCGCCGCUCCAUCACCAAAAACAUUAUCCAACAACUCCACCAGCACAACCAUUCAUCAUCACUGCCGUUGGCUUCAUUGUCACAACAACAACAACAACAAGAUAAUAAUAAAAACAGCAACAAUAUUGUUGGUGGUGGGGGUGUCGGAAAACAUGUUUUUGAUGUGGCUUUAAGUACAGCUAAUGUAUCGAAAACACUUGCUGGGACUGAGCUGUAUACUGUUAGUAAUUCGGAUAAUGAAUUUGUGUUGAUAUCUGAUCCUAAUGGAUUAAAGUCUAUUGGGUUGUUAUGUUUUCGUCAAGAAGAUGCUGAAUCUUUUCUAGCUCAGGUAAGAUUGAGAAAAGGGGAAUUGAGAGGGAGGGCAAAGGUUGUACCCAUUUCACUUGACCAGGUUUAUAUGUUGAAAGUUGAGGGAAUUGCAUUUCGAUUUUUGCCUGAUCCUGUUCAACUUAAGAAUGCAAUGGAGCUGAAAGCUUCUACUACCAAUAGUGGAUUCGACGGAGUCCCAGUUUUUCAGUCUGACCUGCUGGUUAUAAGGAAGAAAAACAGACGUUACUGCCCUAUAUAUUUUAGAAAGGAGGAUAUCGAGAAAGAAUUGCUAAUGGUUCCACGAGGACCUAGAGGACCAGGGAUUUCACAACAUAUUAUGGUGGGAAGUCUGGAAGAUGUUCUGAAGAAAAUGGAGAAAAAUAACAUGUGGCAGAUGAGUGAGAAAAACUCCGGCUGGGAAGAUCUGAUUUUCAUUCCCCCUGGUAAAAGUCAUUCUCAACACUUGCAGGAAGUUGUAAACGCAUAAAAACAGUCCAUUCAUAUGCAAGUCAUGAUCAAAAUCGCCCCUAAAUGUAACAAUUAUCAGUCACCUUGCCAAAAAAAAGAAAAGAAGGUAAAGCCGUCAUUCUCCUAUAAGUUGGUCAUUUGUUAUGUCAGGUACUUUUCAGUAGUUGCUAAACAGAUAGAUGCAUUUCCUAGUUUUGAACAAUGAGCGGAAAUGCCUAAGCAUGUAACUUAAUGAUACAAACUUUACGGACCAUUUGUCAGUGUGUAACUGGUGAUGAUGUAUCACCCAUCUAGAGGAUGAUGAGAUCACCAUCAAAGUUCCUAUUGUUGCAUAUUGGCUUCCCGGCACCCAUAGCAGUUGAGUUGAGGUUUUAUGACACUGGAAUCGAACUGGUCUGUAAUUUGCUUUUGCUUUUAAUAUAGUUUGGAAUGUUAUGUCCUAUGAAACUGGAUAUGGGAGGGUGAUGAGAUUUAGUAUUUCCAGAAUCCAGAGUAUCGAUAUUUUGUUAUUAGAUUAUUCUAACAGAUUAAUUAUCAUUUGAAUUUAACUUCA